ACGGUCUCUACGAGCUCACUACCCAAUCUCCGGUAGAUCUCCAGACACAAAGACCUUCUCGAUCAAAUUCUCAGACGUACUGACAGGAGCACUCCCACUGCAUCUGCAACUGCAACUUCAAACCACUAAAACUUCAGAAAUACACCAUGAGUUACUACCACAGCUACGGCAGUCGAUACGACGAGAGAUACGGCUCGGAGAAAUUGGAGUACAAUGGGUACGAUGAUACAUGGGUGCUGGGAGUGCAGACUGCAGCGACUCCAUAUGUUCACGAGCGUCCUUACUCGUCACGGCGCACGUACGGUAGCGGGUACAGCGACUAUGGCAGCUCCUAUGGCAGCAGAUACCCUCCGCGCACCAGCUACGGCUCCAGCAGCUAUGGCAGCAACAGGAACCUCAUCUUGUAUCCGCACACCUACCAACCUCAACCUUCUCUUCUUGGCCAGUUGUUCCCCGGCAGGAGGCACUCGUACUCCUCAUCGAAGAACUCAUCUUACCCGGACGAGGUGAAGCUGAAGGUCGAGAUCUGCUGUCUCGAAUGCAGGCGAAAGAUGCUGGACUCUUUGAGAAAACUUAGUGGCGUGUAUGAUGUACGAGUCGAAGGCACGACUCACGCCAUGGUGACAGUGACGGGCUACGACUUGAAGCCGAAGAAAAUCCUGAAGAAGACGCGGAAAGUCAUCAAGGCUGCUGACUACUGGUCCGACUGGCAUUACACCGACGGCGUUGCUCCUCAUCGUGCCGGCUACGCUUCAUCAGUCUACGCACCCGCUCCAGCCUUGAGCUCGAGACACUUGACGUCCUACUGAGGCAUCAUCGUCGUGGAGAAUAUCGAUGAACCUCGAGACGAUGAUGGAUCCAGAAAUUGUAUAUUCCGACAUCUACUGCUAGCUACAGCCAUACAGCGAUGGUUACUCCACCCACAAUCUUCCUGUUUCCUUCCUUUUCCAGUACCUAUCAAACCGCCCAACAACGCAGGGAUGGAUGAUGGCGAGACUUAAUCGGCCUACAUGGAGACAACGCAGCCUUAAAUUCCCAGCUCUCGUAGAAUUAUGGUUGUACAGGUGCCAAAUGCUGAGUCCCUGCUGGCCUCUUCAAGCCUACUCUACACUAUAUCGUUGCCCUCUGCUGUAAGCUUCGAUUCCACACCCGGAACACAGACAGUCACGAGUGCGUAGCCUUCUGGAGAUGCUUCAAAUCUCUUCAAGUUGCGCAGCUUCCAAAAUCGACUCGAUCAUCCUCAAGUCUUCGGGCACGAGCGAGAUCUACAGCUACUAUAUCUGUGCUUUGCCAUCAACAAUAUGCCUGCCUAUGUUUUACUAUGUAUUGCUGGACGGUCUUCACAACAAUUCACGUAACAUCCCGCCAGUUUUAGUUCGAGUGGGAGAUGAGCGAAAUUAGUUUCCUAGAUUACUAUUUCUCGUGAUUGCUGGAAACAAGACGUGACCUUAGAUCUGGUAGGUCCUGCUCAAGCGCUCUCGAGCUUUAGGAGUGCAGCAUGAAUGCAGUGGAGAGAUACGCGGAUGACAUCCAUAGGGCAGACUUUCCAGAGAGGGAUUGUAGUUCUGAUGGUUUUAGACUGGCCAUCGACCUGUAAAUAUUUUCACCAGGUCCUUCGACAUGAAUGGAGGUUUUGAUUUCGAACCUGA